UCCUGCUGAGAAACCAUUAGAUGCAUUGCCAUGGAGACCAAAGACUCUGAAGACUGGGGAAAACCUCAGAGGAAAUCAGUGAGCAGCUCAUGGAAACGCAAUCAUAGCCCAGCUGAGAUGAGAGCUCUGGAGAACAGGGAGGCACCUGAGACUGGUGAGGAGACUCAAAACGAAGAACCUCACCGCUUCAUCCCAAUGCAGAGGAAUUCUAUCUUCAAUCGUGCUGUGAGACACAAGCACAAGGCCAGAAGCAUGAUUGAGCGGAGAGCCAGUGACCAAGCAGAUUUGCCAAAAAUGGGAAAAUCUGUAAAUGAACCGUUGACCUUCAAUCUACCCCAGGGUAGAUUGCCUCCCUGGAGAACACCAGCACGGAGGGAUGUAGGAGCACAGGAAGCCAGCGAGUCAUCCUCCACCCCUGGAAAUGGAACCACACCCGAGGAGUGCCCGGCCCUCACCGACAGCCCCACCACGCUCACCGAGGCCCUGCAGAUGAUCCAUCCCAUUCCCGCCGACUCCUGGAGAAACCUCAUUGAACAAAUAGGGCUCCUGUAUCAAGAGUAUAGAGACAAGUCGACUCUCCAAGAAAUCGAAACCCGGAGGCAGCAGGAUGCAGAAAUACAAGGCAAUUCGGAUGGGUCUCAGGUUGGGGUAGAUGCUGGAGAGGAGGAGGAGGAAGAGGAGGAGGAGGAGGAGCUGGCUACCCUCCCUGAGAGGAGAGCUCUGCCUCAGAUCUGCCUGCUCAGCAACCCCCACUCCAGGUUCAACCUCUGGCAAGAUCUUCCUGAGAUCCAGAGCAGCGGUGUCCUGGACAUUCUCCAACCUGAGGAGAUCAAGCUGCAGGAGGCCAUGUUUGAGUUGGUCACCUCCGAGGCCUCCUACUACAAGAGCCUGAACCUGCUGGUGUCGCACUUCAUGGAGAACGAACGGCUGAAGAAGAUCCUGCACCCGUCUGAGGCCCACAUCCUCUUUUCCAACGUCCUGGAUGUCAUGGCUGUCAGUGAGCGGUUUUUGCUGGAGCUGGAACACCGCAUGGAGGAGAACAUCGUCAUCUCGGAUGUGUGCGACAUUGUGUACCGUUAUGCGGCCGAUCACUUCUCAGUCUAUAUCACCUACGUCAGUAACCAGACCUACCAGGAAAGGACAUACAAACAGCUCCUACAGGAGAAGGCGUCUUUCCGGGAACUGAUCGCACAGCUGGAGCUGGACCCCAAGUGCAAGGGCCUGCCUUUCUCCUCCUUCCUCAUCUUGCCCUUCCAGAGGAUCACAAGACUCAAGCUGCUGGUCCAGAACAUCCUGAAGAGAGUGGAAGAGAGGUCUGAGCGGGAAGGCACCGCCUUGGAUGCCCACAAGGAGCUAGAAAUGGUGGUAAAGGCAUGCAAUGAGGGUGUCCGGAAGAUGAGCCGCACGGAACAGAUGAUUAGCAUUCAGAAGAAGAUGGAGUUCAAGAUCAAGUCAGUGCCCAUCAUCUCACACUCCCGGUGGCUGCUGAAGCAGGGUGAGCUGCAGCAGAUGUCUGGUCCCAAGACCUCCCGCACUCUGCGGACCAAGAAGCUCUUCAGAGAAAUUUACCUCUUCCUCUUCAAUGACCUGCUGGUGAUCUGCCGGCAGAUUCCUGGAGACAAGUACCAAGUGUUUGAUUCAGCCCCGAGGGGCCUGCUUCGAGUGGAGGAGCUGGAGGACCAGGGCCAAACACUGGCUAAUGUGUUCAUCCUGCGGCUGCUGGAAAAUGCAGAUGACCGGGAGGCCACCUAUAUGCUGAAGGCAUCCUCCCAGAGCGAAAUGAAGCGCUGGAUGACUUCACUGGCCCCCAACAGGAGGACCAAGUUUGUAUCCUUCACAUCUCGGCUGUUGGACUGCCCCCAGGUCCAGUGUGUGCACCCAUAUGUGGCCCAGCAGCCCGAUGAGCUGACCCUGGAACUGGCAGAUAUCCUGAACAUCCUGGAGAAGACAGAGGAUGGGUGGAUCUUUGGUGAGCGGCUGCAUGACCAGGAGAGAGGCUGGUUCCCCAGUUCCAUGACAGAGGAGAUCCUGAACCCCAAGAUCCGUUCCCAGAACCUCAAGGAAUGUUUCCGAGUACACAAGAUGGAGGACCCUCAGCGCAGCCAGAAUAAGGACCGCAGGAAGUUGGGCAGCCGGAAUCGGCAAUGAACCUCCCCAGCUCGGGCACCAGCCUAGAGGAGGGGUGUGGGCAGGGAUGGGGAGCAGGCCCAGCAGAAAUGCCCAACAGAUUUAGAGGGUCUUAGGGAAGAAUGUCAGUGCCUCCUCAGGCAGCAGGAGUGGCUCGGGCCUGGUCUGUCCCUGCCCACGCAGUGGGAGCUAGCUCUAGGGUCCUGGCCACUCGCUUGCUUUCACACUGGAGAAAGGCUAAGUACUUAGGCAGUAUUACAUCACCUCCCUCCAGCCUUUCAGAGGUAGCAGAGGGCAGGCAUGCUCCAGAGACCUUCCAGGGACUGGAAGAGGCCCACACAAGGGUCCCUGGCAGCAGGUAGGCGGACGGUAACCGCUGUCAGGAUCCCCUGAACUGCACGAGUCCUUCCCUCCUUUGGAAGUCAUUAAGAGUCUACCAGGCACACUGAUGGGCCACCCCUGCCCGAGGGAGUUUAGUGAGCAGUGGUGACCCUGCCUGCUUGUCCCCGUGCCUCUGCCAGCCUCUCUUGCACGGCCAAGCCCUGCCCUCAGCAGGCCUCCCAGAGCUUAGCUGAGGGUUCAUGCCACCUCUAGCUCCUUGAUGGGCUUGGUGUCACUUGUGUCUCCUGGCCCCUGAAGGAGCCCAGGUGUUUUGCAGAAUGAAUUGGUCACUGCAUCCUUUAUGGUCAUGGUUUUGAGAAAAGCAAAUAUCAUUUUUUGGCUGCAUUAAAAGAAGCAUCCUGUAUAAAACAAGAA